AUGGUGUGCGUCACGUGGAAGACUGCUAGCGUGCAUUGGCACGAGCAGGACGGCAGCCAGACAAUGGGGCUUGAGCACAUCGAGCAGCACUGCAAUGCCGUGGGCGGCGUGGCGGGCUGGCCGUGCGCGUCGAACCCCCUGGCGGGCGACCUACCCGGCGUCACCGACGGCAUCAUUGACGUGGACAGCGAGGCUGGGACCUCGACCGUGGCGGGGGUGCAGCUGAACGCGAGCUUCGAGGGAAGGGUGGCCCUGCGCGCGUGCCUGGACUGGCCGGGCGACGCGGCGAACAGGGAGUGCAAGACCGCCUCCACCCAGAUGUCGAGGUGGCCCUGCCAGAGGUGCCAGUACAGGAACACCGACGGCGCCAGUGGCCCCAUCAAGUCGACGACGCUGUACGACAGCUUCCCACGCCUGGAGGUACUCCUCCAGGACGUGGUGCUGGGCGGCUCCAGCCUGGGGCAGGAGACGGUCCCUCGCGCCUACGUCCUGACCUCGCCCGUGUCCCCGUCAGCCAGUAUUCCGCACGGCUUCGGCAACGGCACCUGGAAGAAGCUCUACCAGGCCGACCCGCCGACGCUCCCAGUGGGCCCCGAGCCGUACCUCCCCGAGCUGGAGGAGGAGGAGCAGGAGGUGUCGGCGGCGGACCUCACCUCGACGACGGAUGCGCACCCCGUCGAGGUGAACUCGGCCCGCUUCAAGAUGCAGUUCCACAGCAGGGACUCCCUGACGAUGAAGCCCGACCUGUGCUUCGCGGCGCGCGGGGCGCUGUACCUGGUGGCGUGCGCGGUGAACACGAGCACCUACCAGGACGGUUUCAACUUCGCGCCUGGCCAGGAGGUUGCCGGCCCGCCCUUCAACGACCGCUGCAUCGCCGUCACCGGUCGCUGCGCGUACGCCUGCAUGGAGCAGCAGACACCCAGGUUGGACAAGUGCAUGUUGGACGGCACGAUCUCGGCGGACGAGCUGGUCGAGCCCCCGGAGGAGUUUGAGCCGCCCGUCAACGAAGGCAUGGCCGUGAACAGCUUCAUGUUUGUGCUGCUCCUUGGCUUUGCAGUGAAGCUGGUGACAUAUUUCCCAGGUCUCUUCAUCCCCUAUAAGCACUCCAAGACUUACAGCCCGGAGAUGACCGACGAGCUCAAGUACAUUGCCGUGUGCUGCCCCAGUGGAGGCGAGACGAAAGCCGUCGUCUUGCGAAACCUGGUGGGCGGCAUCUCCGGCAUGCCGAAGGAUUGCAGGAGCCACUUCCACAUCGUCUUCGCCGACGAGGGCCACCGCCACCCGCAGAAGAUCAUGUUCAGAAAGCUCGUGGAUGUGCUGGAGAAGAUCCCCGACGUGCCCAUGACGGGCAACAGUGGGGGCAAGCGCUCCCCCAGGCGCGCGCGCCACGGCUACAAGGCUGGCAACCUGAAGAUGUUCACGAAGCUGUGGACGGAGCAGACGCGGCAGACCACGCUGGACGGCUGCAACACCGACAAGAUCGCCGCGAGGGCCGCGAAGCUGCGCAAGGAGGACCCCGAGGGCAACAAGAAGGAGGCCGACUUAUUGGAGGCGAAACUCGACCGGCUGGCUGGCCUCGAGGCCCUGCGCACGCUGCAGGCGCGCAACGGUUGGCCGAGGGGCUCCGACGUCGGGGUGGACGGCCACCGCGAGGCGGCCGUGCUCGAGACCGCGCUGGAGGCGCUUCGCGCGGAGCUGGCCGUGGGCGAGAAGAAGGUCGCAUGCAAGGUGAUGGCCGCCGAGGCCCCGAGGCCGAUGCACCUCGACGACGUGGAGUGCCACAAGGGCCAGCUCCGGGAGGCCUCCGACUCCGAGGACAGCGUCUCGACCAGUGCGCCCAAGCCGCUCUACAUCAUGCACUACCUCGCCCGGGCAAAGCCUGACGAGGAUGAGCGAACACUAAAGGUCCAGCACGUGGCCCGCGGGGUGUGGUAUUACAAGAUCCCCCAGGUCGACGAGAGCAGGUCCCAGAAAACGUGGCUCGAGUGGCGGCAGAGCGCGCAGGAGUUCGUGGACGGCGAUGCCGACAACCGCAAGUACAUCGUUCCGCUGCGCACCAGCCGCGGCAAGGCUGGCGGUCUGAACUUCGUGGAGAACUAUCUCUUCGACUACUCCUGCAGGCAGGAAAUGGAGGAAGUGAGGCCCGAGGCAGUGGAUGGUGAGCAGCCGCCUGAGGAGAGGUUCAAGUACAGCCUCUUUGGAAUCGCUGAUGCCCGCCACCAGUUCCAGCCCGAUUUCAUGCAGGAGACCAUCCCCUUCUUUUUCAUGAAGAAGACCAACAAAGUGAACCCCAGAGUCGCCUUCACCCAGUGCCCGCAGUACUUCCCUGAGAUGCCCGACGAGGUCGACUACCUGGACACUAAUAAUUCAAAUUUCUUCCGCAUGAACUGCAUGUUGCGUAACUGCUGCGGCGGCGUGUCUUCCUGUGGUACUGGCGGCACGUGGCUCAUCCGGGACAGGCGUGCUGGUAUCAAGGGCACGAACAGGCACGGUGGCGGAUAUGGGAGAUGGACUCUAUCGAGUGGCGCCGCCAGGGCUUCCAGCAGAUCUUCGAGCACCGCUUCUUCCACGAGAGUUGCAAAGUUGAGGACACGGCGUCCAGUCUGGACCGUGUUGUCAAGGGUAAGCACUCUCAGUACAUCAACAGGCGCCUCGCCUACGGCAUGGCCAAGGAUCCAGUGGACUACUUGGCGGCAGUGCAGCGCUGGGCAGAGGGUGGCGUCGUCCUGUCGCUGCAAACCUUCAUGGGCUGCGAGCAGGGCAUUCACAUGA